UAACUCUACGCUUUGUAUGAACACACGACUGGAACAGUUAAAUAUGAUUAUCGCAAUUAUAAUACAGUGAAAAUAUGACCUUUGAGUUAUUAUGCGUUGUAUAACACUUUAAACACAUACUUUACCAAUUUGCCUCAACUUCCAGUGAUUAAAACUGUUACUUUUUCAAACGAGAGCUGUCUGUAUUGCUAGCAGCAAUGCUACUCGCCAUUGUUUUCAUGGAAACAUGCUCGGGAAGUUGUUAUGAGCAGCUGAAACAGAUUUGAGCAGUGGCGCGUGCUUCCGUCCUAGAUCAGCUGACAUGAGCACGCGGAAGACGUAAAGCUUCAUUCGGAGCGUAGUUUAAAAGUUUAUUUUGAAAACAUUAAGAACACUUUUCAGUCUUAUGAGCUGAAAAACUUUUGUGGUGGUCCUCGUUUGAUGCGUCUCUCCUUCUGAACUGUCAUUUGAUUACAAUGGCACACAACGAGUCAAUGGUUGUAGUGAAUGGAAGUCAGGUGUCCUGCAUUGGGCAUGACUGGGAAGACAUUCCAGAUUUUCUUGGGGCAAAAUAUGGAGAAGUGGCAAGAAGAUUAGAUCUCAGCUUCAACCAACUGAGGUCACUGACAGGCCUGAAAGCGUUCAGCCGACUGGAAGAGCUGAUUGUGGACAACAAUCUUCUCGGAAAUGACCUCCAGUUGCCCAGGUUACCACGGCUCCAUACCCUGACACUCAAUAAGAACCAAUUCACCGACAUCGAGGCCCUGUUGGAGCAUUUGGCGGAAGUGACGCCAGCGCUGGAAUACCUGAGCCUUCUGGGAAAUGAGGCCUGUCCCAACCAACUGGUCAGCAUGGAUAAAGAUGAAGACGACUAUCAGAGAUACAGGUACUUUGUGCUACAUAAGCUGACAAAGCUGAAGUUCCUGGACACCAGGAGAGUGACACAGUGGGAGCGGUCAGAGGCCGAAGCACGUGGAGCUUUCAUGAAGGUGGUCAAGCCGAAAAAUGACCAAUGGCAUUGCCCUUUCAUCUGGGUGAGGAGAUCCGAAAGAAGGAUUUGCGGGCAAGACCUCCCAUAGCUGCCAAGGCUGCCUGAUCUUCAUGCAUGCUGAAGAGAUUUCUGCCUGCCUAAACCUGAUUCAGAGAGAAAGAGGAGAGUGAUAGAGAGAUGCGGAUGAGCAGCAGGCUUGUGCUCGGGGGG